AUGGGCUCCGCGUUCGUCGUCAUCAGCGUCAAUGCGGUUGAAACCUGGACGUUUCCGGCUGACGAGACACCACACUCGCGAAACAAAACACAGCAUGGACGGCAUGUUUCUCCCCCAUUCACAAGAAUCACCCAGUCAACACGCCCACAUCAUGUUCUGGAAGCGAGCAGCGCCAUCAACGGCGGUCUUGCCGUCACGCAUUUGCAACUCGGGGGGACGCAGCGAGAGAACCAGCCUGGGCGGCCCAGCAGUGUCAUGGAACGCCACCGAGGCUGCCUUGGCCGAGGAAACAAGGUGGCCGGGGUUAGAGCAGAGGGAAACGAGACCAGCCCAAGUUGGCGUGGCCAAGGACGGACCGACUCUGCAUGUGGAUGCCCCCGAGGGCUUCCCCUCGAUGCGCAGAUGGAAAUGGCGAAGCGUCAUCCUUCCUUCAUCACUAUGGUCAAUCGGGACGGCCAAGACGACACUUGGAGCCCCAACUGGUCCGAGGAGAAAACAUGCUACUACGCAGAAUGGGCGUUGGAAGACGCCGGUCAACGUUACAUGAUGCCACUCGAGCAUACUCUUUUUUUUUUUGUUUUUUCAUUGCUUCCGCAAAGAUGA